AGGCAUUAUUUACCAAAUCCAUGAGCCAAAGCACUCCAUUUGUUUCUUCACUAGACUGAAAAAUUACUAAGUGUUGGGAAUCUGCCUAAAGUUAUGCAACAGAAUGAAUGUGAGCCAUGCUGUACUCCAAAGAAAAUAAAGAUGGAAAGGGUAAGGACGUCAGUAAAUUCUGUCUUUACUGUCUGAGUAGUCUGUUAAGUCAUUUCUAUGCCUUUCAAACAAGAUUUAUUCUGCAUUUGACCUAUUACCUAUUUAACUUCAGUGAAUACAUUAUUAUUACCACUGUUUAUUGUAAAAAGUUAAGUAAACUGAACUGUGUGUUGGCUGUUAUAAACUUUAAGCAUGUUUGAGGUAAAUUAGACAUGUGUGAGGUAGCUUGAUAACUAAAUAUCAAUAAUGAAUACUCUCUUGUGUUUAACUAUUGGUCACUGAGUUAACCUAGAAAAGAAGAUGUAGGUAAUCCGGCUCUCUGGUGACAAGAAAGCAAAGAGCCGCUCCAGAUGUGUUAGGCUCCUCCUCUCGCUCCUCUCUUUCUCAAAACAUUCCAGCCAAGUUCUGUACGAGGACUUUUCAACACUGUCUGUCACACAUUCACUUUCACUGUUUCCAAGCAAACUCCUCUGGUCUUUAAGAUGAGAGCCCUCCAGCUCCUUGUCCUUGUUUUCUCUGGCCUUGUAGGGGCACAGCAGCAGGCACUUAUGGACUACUUGGAGAGAAGACUUCUUGCCAUCGAGGACCGCAUCUCCUUGUGGCAUGAGCAGACAAGCCGCUACGCCUCUGAGCUGCGCGAGUUCAAGCAGCAGAUGGUGGCACAGCUAGAGGGCCUGGGCAAGAGCAGGGAGGCGCUGCAGAGCGAGCUGGACACAGUGGGCACGCGUGUAGAUCGCGUGGAGAGAGAGAUGGACUACCUCGAAACACAGAAUGGUGCACAACCUUGCGUGGACGUGGAUGACAAGCUGGUGGAGCAGCAGGUGAUGGUUGUCAAAGAGAGGAACAAAGCCAAGUACGCCAAGCUCACAGACUGUAGUGACAUGAUCUCCAGCAUCAAAGCCAUGAAGAUCCUCAAACGAGUUGGGGGCACGAAGGGGAUGUGGACCAAAGACAUGGGAAGUGCCAAUGGGAAGGUCUACAUCUUAAAUGGGACAGAUGAUAAUACCCUUUAUGAGUUUGGUACAGUCCGUGAAUUUACUUCCUCACAGGGUACAUCAGGGGCCACUACCAUCCAGCUUCCCUCCUCCUGGCGUGGUAUGGGCCACGCUGUCUACAAAAACCAUUUGUACUAUGUGAAGAAGGGUGAGGGACUAAUGAAGUUUGAUCUUCAGAAGAGCAUAGUCGUGGACAGUGCUGUGUUUCCAGCUAAAAACCACCUCCCCGUUUAUAGCCUGAAUCCAGAGACUGUCAUUGAUCUAGCAGUGGAUGAAGAAGGUCUUUGGGCCAUCUAUGCCACUCAGGAGAAUGAAAGGCACAUCUCUCUUGCAAAGAUAGACCCCAAAACGCUUGACAUCGAACAGAUGUGGGACACCCCUUGUGUGAGGGAGGACGCAGAGGCGGCGUUUGUGAUCUGCGGUACCGUCUAUGUGGUCUACAACUCUAAACUACCCAGCCGCUCCCGAAUUCAGUGCGUCUUUGAUGUCAGUGAUAUGGUCACAAAUGACGACGCUCCACAUGUGUACUUUCCCAAGAGAUACGGCACUCAUUCCAGCCUGAAAUAUAGCCCCGUGGAGCAGCUGCUUUACGCCUGGGAUGAUGGCUAUCAAAUCCUCUACAAACUCCAAAUGAAAAAGAAGCUGGAGGUGUAGAACAUGUACUAAAGACUGAAGAGAGCUACAGAGGAUAUGCCUGUGUAUUGGCUUGCUUUAUAUUAUACAACCUGGCCUAAACAUACUGAGUCACACGUCAAUACGUUUUAAGCUUUGUAGUUACAGAGAGUAAAAACAAAGCACAACAUAAGAUUGAUUGGACACACAUGUAUGGUAGGUUGUUUAGUAGAAAUCAAUGUACAGGGCUCUAAAAAGACCUUAUGUUCGUAACUUAGUUUGCCUGGUGCAGAGCUAUUAAAAUGAUUUGAUAUCUUAUGCGACAUGAAAUGUGCAGUUAUUAAAUAAAAUGUUCAA